AUGCUCGCAUUAGUCACGCGCACAGUAUCAUUGCUCUCGAGGUCGCCAGGGAACUCGCGAGGGCGCGAGUGUCACUCGCGGGGCAACGGCUUUGUUCUGAGGCGCGGACAUGCUCGCUUGGUCGUGGGCGCUGUCGCGAGGUUGAGAGUAUCAGGCAGCGGGGCUCAGGGUUUUCCGCCGCGCGGACUGGGAGCUUCUGAAGUUUGCACGCGAGGUCGCGGGCUUGGUCGCUCGGUCGCAGUGAUUGGACGCUGGGCACGAAGGUCGACGACACAUCAAAUAUGUGGCUCGUCCAACGCCGGCAAGCCCGAGGCCUUCGGCCAAAUGCCGGGCCCGGCCCGCCGGGUCGGCGGGCACCCAAGCUUCGCCCUCGAAGCCGAUGCGCUCCCGUGGUCGGCGUGUGGUGUCGAACUCAUGGUAGGAAACUCCCGUCGUUUCCCCCGGUCAAACAUGAAAGAUGAAUGUCGUCUAACAAUCCCGAUGGUAAACAUAAUCACGGGCAAGGAUCGAACUGCUGCAAAGACACAUGUACACGCCUCCAUAUCAAUAAAGAUUGGUAUUAGGGUUUUGUUGCGCAUGAAGGGUCCUCUAGAUCGAACUAAAGUGGUGCUGCGGCACUUGCCGCCGACGAUUUCUCAGUCAAACCUCACCGAGCAGGGUUCGACUGAUGAUCUAUUUUGGAAUAAUGGUUUUAUAAGGCUUCUUAGUGGUUUGGACCUGUUAGGCCUAACAUAUGUUACAUUUUCUGUUAGUCCUGCCUCCAAUGACUUUAUAGUGUGUCAUGCAUCCUAUGCUGACUUGAGUAAACCAGGAGAUUUCAUUGAGUUGCUGAGUCAUUCUUUGACUUACACUUUUCUUUGCAGCUCAAAGCAUGUGACAUAUUCUAGAGCUUACAUUGACUUUAAUAAACCAGAAGAUGUGAUAGAGUUUGCUGAGUAUUUUAAUGGCCAUGUUUUUGUCAAUGAGAAAGGAACUCAGUUUAAAACUAUUGUUGAGUAUGCUCCUUCACAACGUGUUCCAAAGCAAUGGUCAAAGAAGGAUGGUCGUGUAGGGACUAUUUUGAAAGAUCCUGAAUAUUUGGAGUUCCUUGAACUUCUCGCAAAGCCUGUUGAAAAUCUUCCGAGUGCAGAGAUACAGUUGGAGAGGAAGGAAGCAGAACGAGCAGGUGCUCCAAGGGAUGAUCCCGUUGUGACUCCUCUAAUGGACUAUAUUCGCCAGAAAAGAGCUGCAAAGGGUGAAGCUCGGAGAACUAUUGUGAAUGGAAAGCCAGCUAGAAAAGUGAGUGGAACGUCUUCCAGGAGUCCACUCUCUAGUUCCUCAAAGAGAGGAUUGGAUAAAAGGAGGGCUUCUGCUACCAUGUAUGUACUAAAGGAAAGUUCCAAGAUUGUAAGCAACAAUGACAAACCAACUUAUUUACUGGUGCAUAAACAAGAUCAACAGCCUAUGGGCAAGUCUGUCGAUUCAGCAGCUGCGUCAGGAAAUGAAGCAUUCGAAGGAGGUCCUGGAUCUAGUGGAAGCGGGAAGAAGAAAAUCCUGCUUCUGAAAGGAAAAGAAAAGGAUAUUUCCAGUAUACCCGAUGGUUCAUCAACCCAGCAGAAUGUAGCAAGUCCUGCCAAACCUUCUCACAGUUCUGCUCCUCUGAAACAGAACCAACGGCGUGAAGCUAGUGGAAGGAUUAUCAGGAAUAUCCUUGUGAACACUCGGCAACCAUCAUCAGGUUCUCAAAUUUCUAAUCAGGAAAGGGACAGAAAACCUCCUCGACAUCCUAGUCUGCAGUCAUUCCAGACAGAUACAAACGGUACUCCUGAUGACAACAAAGUAAUCUCCAAGAAUUUGCAUGCCACACCUUCAGAUAAGCAGGAAAGGCGCACAAGGAACAAAGACAGGCCUGAUCGUGGUGUUUGGGCUCCUCUUAGGCAUCCUGAUGGAUCACAUGCAAGUGAUGAGUCGUUGUCAUCUGCUUCCCAGACAUCUCAAGUGGUGGAUUCUGCAGAAGGAACUAAUGUAGAAGCAAAACAUGACAUACUGGUUAACCGCGGGGGUCGUGGAAGUCAUUACUCUGCUGAGAAUGGUUCUCAUAGACAAGGGGGUCGCCGUGGUUCGGGUUAUAAUUUGAAGGAUUCAGAUGGCCAUUCCAUUGUAGAGGGAAAACCUUUGAAAAAAGGAGGUUCUUCUGGUUAUGGUUCGCAUGAGACUGUCGAGGCUCUUCAGUUGUGCCUGAGUUCCACCAAUAGUUGGUGUAUUUUAGUGCUUGGUGAAUGCAGAAAUUACGAUCCUAAGCUGGAGAUGGUCAGGAGCAAUAGCAAGAGAUAA